AUGUACAACAUUCCUGAUAACGUCAAAGGCGCGGUAGAAUUCGACCCAUGGUUGAAACCCUUUGCCGAUGUACUUUCCGAGAGAAGAUAUUUAGCUGACAAGUGGUCCUACGAUAUCACUCAUGCCACCCCUGAUGGUUCGUAUCAGUCGCUGAGUAAGUUUGCCAGAGAUUCAUACAAGUCAUACGGAUUGCAUGCCAACCCGAAAACCAAAGAAAUCACAUAUAAAGAAUGGGCACCGAACGCUAAACGUGCAUUUCUAGUAGGAGAUUUCAAUAAUUGGGACACUACUUCUCAUGAACUUAAGGGCAAGGAUGAAUUCGGAAAUUUCACCAUCACCCUCCCCCCCUUGUCCAAUGGUGAUUUUGCUAUUCCUCAUGAUUCUAAGAUUAAAGUCUUGUUCAUCCUACCUGAUGGCACUCAGAUCUUCCGUUUACCUGCAUGGAUUACAAGAGCCACUCAGCCUACGAAGAACACUUCCAAGGAAUUCGGGCCUGCUUAUGAAGGUAGAUUCUGGAAUCCUGAAACCUCUUACAAAUUUGUAAAUCCAAGACCAAAUUUCAAUGAAUCUGCAGAUUCUCUAAGAAUUUAUGAAGCACAUGUCGGUAUUUCAAGUCCCGAACCAAAGGUUACUACCUAUAAAGAAUUCACUGAGAAGGUUUUGCCCAGGAUUAAAUAUCUUGGCUACGAUGCCAUUCAGCUUAUGGCUAUUAUGGAGCAUGCGUACUAUGCAUCAUUUGGUUACCAAGUGACCAAUUUUUUUGCGGCAAGCUCUCGUUUUGGUACCCCUGAAGAACUAAAGGAACUGGUAGAUACCGCACAUGGCAUGGGUAUCGUAGUUCUAUUGGAUGUGGUUCAUAGUCAUGCGUCUAAAAAUGUUGAAGAUGGGUUGAACAUGUUUGAUGGAUCUGAUCAUCAAUACUUUCAUUCUAUAAGCUCUGGUAGAGGUGAACAUCCGUUGUGGGAUUCACGUCUGUUUAAUUAUGGAAAAUUUGAAGUACAGCGGUUCUUAUUAGCAAACCUGGCUUUUUAUAUUGACAUUUAUCAGUUUGAUGGGUUCAGGUUUGAUGGUGUCACUUCAAUGCUAUAUGUCCACCAUGGUGUUGGUGAAGGCGGUUCCUUUAGUGGUGAUUAUAACGAAUAUCUUUCUCGUGACAGAUCCUUUGUAGACCAUGAGGCUCUAUCCUAUUUGAUGUUGGCCAAUGAUUUGGUUCAUGAAUUGCUCCCUCAGUUGGCUGUCACUAUUGCAGAAGAUGUCUCUGGUUAUCCAACUCUAUGUUUACCUCGUUCCAUUGGUGGUACUGGUUUCGACUAUAGACUUGCUAUGGCUUUACCUGAUAUGUGGAUCAAGUUGAUCAAGGAGAAAAAAGAUGACGAAUGGGGGAUGGGCAACAUUGUAUACACUUUGACUAAUAGACGUUAUGGUGAAAAAGUUGUUGCUUAUUGUGAAUCCCACGACCAAGCUCUGGUUGGUGAUAAGACUUUAGCGUUUUGGCUGAUGGAUGCCGCAAUGUAUACCGACAUGACAGUAUUAAAAGAGCCUUCCAUCGUUAUUGAUCGUGGUAUUGCUCUACAUAAGAUGAUUAGGCUGAUCACCCACUCAUUAGGAGGUGAAGCUUAUUUGAAUUUUGAAGGUAAUGAGUUCGGUCAUCCAGAAUGGUUGGAUUUCCCUAAUGCCAACAAUGGUGAUAGCUAUAAAUAUGCCCGUCGACAAUUCAAUCUGGCUGAUGAUCCUUUGUUACGUUACCAGAAUUUGAAUGAGUUUGAUAGAUCGAUGCAGUUAUGCGAAAAAAAGCACAAGUGGUUGAACACAAAACAAGCAUAUGUUUCUUUAAAACAUGAAGGCGACAAAAUGAUCGUAUUUGAAAGAAAUAAUCUAUUGUUUAUUUUUAACUUCCAUCCCACAAAUAGUUACAGCGAUUAUAGAGUUGGUGUUGAAAAAGCUGGUACUUAUCACAUCGUAUUGAACUCAGAUCGUGCUGAAUUUGGCGGACAUAACAGAAUCGACGAAAGUUCUGAAUUCUUUACCACUGACUUGGAAUGGAACAAUAGGAAAAAUUUCCUCCAAGUCUAUAUUCCUAGUAGAGUUGCUUUGGUUCUUGCUUUAAAAGAAUAA